UUGUGAUGUGCAGUCUUAACCCUUUGCCAGAAUAGGGGAGGAGAAAGGCAGAUGUUUUACCAUAGAGUAUGUGAUGCCCACUAACGUCCAGAUGACAUCUGAAUCCACCGUUAGCGUUCUGAAUAUUAUUUCAGUCAGGACAACUUUCAUCAAAGAAACUGAUAUUUGCGCUGCAGGAAGUUAUGUUUGGCAGUAUGGCUCUGUUCACCUCUCUGCCCUCCCCCUUGCCUAUGUGGAAAAGUCAUAAGGCAGAGAGAGCACCUCCCUGCCCAUUAAUGUGCAGACAUGGAAAGCCAGAGGCAGAAAGCAGCAGUAAAGACCCCCUGGAGAUGAUCCGUUCUGCCACGCCCUUCCCUCUGGUCAGCCUCUUCUUCAUGUUCAUUGGUUUUGUACUCAGCAACAUUGGUCACAUCCGACCCCAUCACACCAUCUUGGCCUUUGUUUCUGGAAUCUUCUUCAUCCUGUCAGGUCUCUCUCUGGUAGUUGGUCUGGUGUUGUACAUCUCCAACAUUAAUGAUGAAAUGUUAAACAGAACCAAAACUAAUGAGGCCUACUUCAGCUACAAGUACGGCUGGUCAUUUGCCUUUGCUGCUAUCUCCUUCCUGCUCACUGAGACAGCAGGUGUCAUGUCGGUGUACCUCUUCAUGAAGCGCUACACAGCAGAGGAAAUGUACCGGCCCCAUCAGGGCUUCUACCGGCCUCGCCUCAGCAACUGCUCAGAUUACUCCGGCCAGUUCCUCCAUCCAGACGCCUGGGCCGGGCGUGGUCGCAGUGCCUCCUCCAUCUCCUCUGAGGCCUCCCUCCAGAUGAACUCCUCCCACUACCCUGCUCUCCUCAAGUGUCCAGAGUAUGAACAAAUGUCCUCCUCACCUUGCUGAGGCAUAGGAUGAAUUGUUGUGUUAGCAGUGUAGGGGUUAUUUUGAUCUGCCUGGAUUUUGGCAUAAAAUUGUCCAAUAAUUUGACAUUAUCCAGCUUGAAUCACUCCCGUCUUCAAGUGUCCUGACUAUGACCUGAGUCUUUCUACCCUUACUACUGCAGAUUCUUUUAUUUAUGGUUCUGUGGGGAGCAAAACUUUAGUUGAAGGUUAGCCAGUUCACUUUAUUCUCAGCUGAC